AUGGUAAAUUGCUUUUUGCCAAGUCAUAUUUUGUCAAUUUUUGCCAUUUUUGAAUUUAUUUUUUUUUGCAUUUUAUUAAUUUUCUGUUUAAAAUUUGCCAAUAAAAUGGGCAGAUCACAAAGGAAAAUACCUCUCGAUUGGGAAAAAUAUACCCCUAUUGGAUCUGUAAUUCAAGGAACCAGAAUUUUUGCAUUUAAAACUCCAUUAAAACCUGAAUUGCAGGAUCGUAUAUGCAAAACAAAGCGUUUUACAACUUCGGAUUUGUUCAGAAUGGUUGAAGGAAAUGGCAAGUCAAUUGGAUUAAUUAUAAAUUGUUCAAACACAAAGAGGUAUUAUGAUGCACAAGAUAUUACUGGAAUGUGUAUUGAAUAUAAAGAAUUACAAUGUCCUGGACGUGGAUUUUUAGUUCGAACAGAUUUGGUUAAGGAUUUUAUCCAAAUUAUUGAUGAUUUUUUGAAUAGGAAUUCGGAUAAUGAUUUAUUAAUUGGUGUUCACUGCAGCGAUGGAAUUAAUCGUUCUGGAUAUCUUGUCUGCUGUUAUCUUAUUUGUAAGCUUGGUUGGAGUUCUCAUGAUGCUUUGAAUGCUUUUGAAAAUGCUCGCCGUUCCCCAAUACAGCGAGGAUCAUAUAUUCAAUCUCUACAUAAAACGGAUAGUGAUCGACGUGCUUCUUCUACUCUGACAACAAGACGAAAUGUAUUUUCUGAUGGUACAGCCGAAAAAACUUUAACCUCUCUUUUUGAACAAGAAGCUGCUGCUAAUUCGAUGCAACAAUUCUUUCAGCUUGAACAACAAUUUAAACAAUUUGCAAGUUCAACUUGCCCUGAUUUGAACACUUUUUCACCUGUACAUGUACCACCAGUCCCUCAACGUUCUGCUAAUAUUGCAAAAGCUUCAUCUAUUCAACAAGUUUCAUCAUCAUUGGAUACUGCUCGUGGUGAACGUUCUUACAACGAUGAUGAUAAAUCACAAGCUUCAAAUAUUGAUUACGAAUCGAUGGGAAAAGUAUUACCAAAAGAAGCAGUUUCCAAAUCACAAUCGCGUAGAGAGCGUAGACAAAGACGUGAAAAGAUGUUUUCUGUGAUGAAAAGAGGACGUUUUUGGGAAAUUAAUGAAAUGAGGGAUGCAAUGAAAAAUAUUUAA